CGGCGCGUCUCUAUGGCUGCGGUGGAUUGACGGAGCGCAGCGGCAGCAGCAGCCGGGCUCUGAGCGCUCUUCAUCGGCCAUGGCGGAAAGCGGAGACGCGGAGGACGAGAUUCAGUUCUUGCGGACCGAUGAUGAGGUGGUCCUGCAGUGUGUAGCCUGCAUUCAGAAAGAGAACCGUAAAUUCUGUCUGAGCGCUGAGGGUUUGGGGAACAGACUUUGUUACCUGGAGCCCACGUCAGAAGCCAAGUAUGUUCCUCCGGAUCUGUGUAUCUGCAGUUUUGUGCUGGAGCAGUCGCUGUCCGUGCGCGCUCUACAGGAGAUGCUCGCCAAAACCGGACAAAACAACGACGGCGGCGAGGGCGGAGGUCACAGGACGUUACUGUACGGUCACGCUGUCCUGUUCAGACACUCCUUCAGUGGAAUGUUUCUGACCUGCUUGAAGACCUCCAGAUCUAUGACUGAUAAACUGUCUUUUGAUGUGGGACUGCAGGAGGACUCGACAGGAGAGGCGUGCUGGUGGCGAUUCAUCCGAGCGUCGAAACAGAGAUCAGAGGGUGAGAAAGUUCGAAUUGGAGACGAUCUCAUACUGGUCAGUGUUUCAUCUGAACGAUAUCUACAUCUGUCCAUAUCCAACGGCAUCAUCCAGGUGGACGCCGCCUUCAUGCAGACGCUGUGGAACGCCCAUCCCACCUGCUCCGGGAGCAACGUGGAGGAAGGAUACCUUCUUGGUGGUCAUGUGAUGCGUCUUUUUCACGGCCACGAUGAAGUGCUGACGAUCCCCGGAUCUGAUCAGAGUGAGGAAGAGCAGAGGAUAGUGAACUAUGAGACGGGUAAAGCUGGAACUAAAGCUCGAUCUCUCUGGAGACUGGAACCGUUACGGAUCAGUUGGUGUGGCAGUCACAUCCGCUGGGGUCAACCCUUCCGUCUGCGUCACCUGACCACCGGUCACUAUCUGGCGCUGUCCGAUGACAGAGGAGUCGUCCUGCAGGAGAGAGAGAGAUCCGACACCACGUCCACUGCAUUCUGCUUCAGAGCUUCAAAGGAAGUGUCUGAAAAGUUGGAGUGCAGUGUGAAGCGUGAUGUGGAGGGGAUGGGUGUAGCAGAAAUCAAAUAUGGAGACUCUCAGUGUUUCGUGAUGCAUGUGGCAACGGGACUGUGGCUGUCUUAUCAAGCGCCAGAUGUCAAAUCAGCUCGACUGGGACCUCUCAAACGACGAGCGUGUCUGCAUUCAGAGGGACACAUGGAUGACGGUUUGACGUUACAACGUUGUCAACAUGAAGAGUCACGAGCUGCUCGAAUCAUCCGCAACACCACACGACUCUUCAGCUGCUUCAUCAGUGGGACGAACCGUGUGUGCGUGCUCCUGCCCAUCGAGGAGGUUCUGCAGACGCUCAAUGACCUCAUCACGUACUUCAGACUGCCCGAAGCCGAGCUGGAACACGAGAAGAAACAGAUCAAACUGCGUUCACUAAUGAACCGUCAGAAUCUCUUCAAACAGGAGGGGAUGCUGUCUCUGGUGUCUUACUGCAUCGAUCGAUUGAGUGUUUAUAACAGUGCGGCUCAUUUCAGCGAGUGUGCAGGUGAAGAGGCCAGUGCGGCGUGGAAAGACAUUCUCAACCUGCUCUACGAGCUGCUGGCCGCUCUCAUCAGAGGAAACAGGAAUAAUUGUACACAGUUCUCACAGAACCUGGAUUGGCUGGUCAGUAAACUCGAGAGACUGGAGUCAUCUUCAGGGAUCUUGGAGGUUCUUCACUGUAUUCUGAUUGAGAGUCCUGAAGCACUGAAUGUCAUCCAGAGAGGACACAUAAAGACCAUCAUCUCGCUGCUCUAUAAACACGGACGCAACCACAAGAUCCUGGACGUUCUCUGCUCUCUGUGUGUGUGUAACGGAGUCGCUGUCAGAGCCAAUCAGAAUCUGAUCUGUGAUCACCUGCUGCCCAAACGAGACCUGCUCCUGCAAACACGAUUGGUCAACGACGUACAAAGCAUGCGGCCCAAUAUCUUCGUAGGCGUCAGUGAAGGUUCAGCCCAGUACAGGAAGUGGUACUUUGAGAUGGUGAUCGAUCAGGUGGAUCAUUUCAUGACGGGCGAGCCGUCACACCUGCGGGUGGGCUGGGCAUCCACUAAAGGUUACGCCCCUUACCCGGGUGGAGGAGAGGGGUGGGGGGGCAACGGGGUCGGCGAUGAUCUCUACUCCUACGGAUUUGAUGGACUCCACCUGUGGUCAGGACGGAUUCCACGGACCGUUGCGUCAGUCAAGCAGCACAUGUUAAUGUCUGAUGAUGUGGUCAGCUGUUGUAUGGAUCUGAACGCUCCCAGUAUCUCCUUCAGGAUCAAUGGACAGCCCGUGCAGGGAAUGUUCGAGAACUUCAACAUCGAUGGGCUGUUUUUCCCCGUGGUCAGCUUCUCCGCUGGGGUCAAGGUGCGUUUCCUGUUAGGUGGUCGUCAUGGAGAUUUUAAGUUCCUGCCUCCGUCGGGUUACGCGCCGUGUUAUGAAGCUCUGCUGCCGAAGGAGAAGAUGCGAGUCGAGCCGGUGAAAGAGUACAAGAGAGACGCCGAUGGAGUGAGAGACUUACUGGGCAACACACACUUCACCUCACAGGCAUCGUUCAUACCCAAACCUGUGGACACAUCACAGAUCGUCAUGCCUCCUCACCUGGAGAAGGUUCGAGAUCGUUUGGCUGAAAACAUCCAUGAGCUGUGGGGCGUGAACAAGAUCGAGCUGGGCUGGUCGUACGGGAAGAUCAGAGAAGAUAAUAAGCGUCAGCACCCAUGUCUGGUGGAUUUCUCCAAACUGCCCGAAACUGAGAAGAACUACAACUUACAGAUGUCGACAGAAACACUCAAGACUGUUCUGGCUUUGGGUUGUCAUGUUGUUCAGGUGAAACUGAAUGCUGAAGAGGACCUGAAGAAACUCAAACUUCCAAAGAACUAUAUGAUGUCUAAUGGUUAUAAACCCACACCUCUGGAUCUGUCCGAUGUGAAACUGACCCCGGCUCAGGAGCUGCUGGUGGACAAACUGGCGGAGAAUGCUCAUAACGUCUGGGCCAAAGACCGCAUCAAACAGGGCUGGACCUACGGGAUACAGCAGGAUGUGAAGAGCAAGCGUAACCCUCGUCUGGUGCCAUAUGCUUUACUCGAUGAGCGCACCAAGAAGUCGAACCGUGACAGCCUCAGGGAGGCCGUACGCACUCUCAUUGGAUACGGAUACAACAUCGAGCCGCCCGACCAAGACGCUGGUCAUGUGGUGGAGCGGUUGAGUAUCGAUAAGAUCCGGUUCUUCCGUGUGGAGCGGACAUACGCAGUGAUGACCGGUAAAUGGUAUUUUGAGUUUGAGGCGGUGACGGGUGGAGACAUGAGGGUCGGGUGGGCUCGACCCGGCUGUAAACCUGAUGUAGAACUCGGUACUGAUGAUCAGGCGUAUGUGUUUGAUGGUCAUCGGGGUCAUCGGCUCCACAUGGGCAGCCGUCUGUUUGGCCGCUGUUGGCAUGCUGGUGACGUGGUCGGCUGUAUGAUCAACAUGGAGGACAAAUCAAUGAUCUUCACCCUCAACGGAGAAAUCCUGAUCACUAACAAGGGCUCUGAACUCUGUUUCACUGACUUUGACAGUAAUGACGGUUUUAUCCCCGUGUGUAGUUUGGGUCUGUGUCAGAUUGGUCGUAUGAAUCUCGGUAAAGACGCCAGCACGUUUAAAUACUACACCAUGUGUGGACUGCAGGAGGGCUUUGAACCGUUUGCCGUCAACAUGAAUCGUGAGGUCACCAUGUGGUUUAGUAAACGUCUGCCGACCUUCUUCAACGUGCCAAAAGAGCACAAGCACAUAGCGGUCACCAGAAUCGACGGGACUAUCGACAGCCCACCGUGUCUGAAGGUCUCCCAUAAGAUGUUUGGCACUCAGAACAGUAACGCUGACAUGGUGUUCUGCAGAUUGAGUAUGCCCGUCGAGUUUCACUCCAGCUUCAAGAGCAGCAUCUACGCUCACGUGAACGGAGUGCAUGAGGAGGAACCGCUCAAACUCAAACACAGGUAUCCCGUGAAGUCAAUGAAACACUCGGAUGAAGGAAGGAGAACGGACUACAGCAACAUCACUACAUAUUAUUAUUCAGUGCGAGUAUUCGCUGGUCAAGAUCCAUCAUGCGUGUGGGUUGGUUGGGUCACCCCUGACUACCAUUACUAUAGCAACCACUUCAAUCUCGGCAAGAACCGUACUGUGACGGUUACCCUUGGAGACGAGCGGGGUCGCGUGCACGAGAGUGUGAAGAGGAGUAACUGUUACAUGGUUUGGGGUGGUGAUGUCACCAGCACCGCUCACUCCACCAGCAGGAGCAAUGUGGAUCUAGAGAUUGGAUGCCUCAUUGAUUUGGCAACAGGGCUGUUAGCUUUCACAGUCAACGGCAAAGAACUUUCAAGCUCAUAUCAGGUGGAGCCAAGUACUAAACUCUUUCCUGCUGUGUUUGUACGGCCAACAAGUUCCAGUCUGUUCCAGUUUGAACUGAGCAAAAUCAAGAACGCGAUGCCCAUUUCCUCUGCCAUCUUUAAGAGUGAGCACAAGAAUCCUGUUCCUCAAUGUCCACCUCGUCUGGACAUCCAGACCAUCAACUCCGUGCUGUGGAGCCGAAUGCCAAACACAUUCCUGAAGGUGGAGACGACUCGCGUCAGUGAGAGACACGGAUGGAUGGCGCAGUGUCUGGAGCCGCUACAGAUGCUCGCUGUACACAUUCCAGAGGAGAACCGGUGUGUGGAUAUUAUGGAGUUAUCUGAACAAGAAGACUUGCGUAAAUUCCACUAUCACACACUGAAACUCUACUGUGCUCUGUGUGCACACGGAAACACGCGUGUAGCUCACGCCCUCUGCAGCCAUCUCGACCAAUCACAGCUCCUGUACACCAUCAGCAACCAAUACCUGUCGGGCAUGCUUCGUGAGGGCUUCUACAACGUUCUCAUCAGUGUACACCUGGAGACGGCCCGGGCCGCUCGCCUCAUGAUGAACAACGAGUUCAUCGUCCCCAUCACCGCCGAGACGCGCAGCAUCCGACUCUUUCCUGACGCAUCCAAACGGCACCAGCCUCCAGGCGUCGGCCUCAGCACCUCCCUCAAACCCAGACUCAACUUUGCUCCACCCUGUUUCAUAAGCACCAAACGUGACCUGCACCUGUACAGUCCUGAAGUCCCAUUGGACAUUCUGAAGGAGAAGGCCAUCAGCAUGCUGACGGAGGCGGUGCAGGGUGGAGGAGAUCACAUUAGAGACCCUGUCGGUGGGAGUGUGGAAUAUCAGUUCGUGCCCAUUCUACGGCUCAUUAGCACGCUGCUGACGAUGGCCGUCCUGACCAGCGAUGACGUGCAAAAGAUCUUACUGCUCAUUGAGCCCAAUGUGUUUGGAGGACAGAUGGUUGAAGGACUGAGAGAUGCGACAAUGAAAGAAGGUCUGACUGGAGCCGAAGAGAAAGCUGUGGAAGCAGGAGAGGAAGAAGCUAAAGACAGUAAAGUUCUGAUGAAGGGACUGCUGGAGAAGAAACUUCCAGAGUCUGUGAAACGACAGAUGUGUGAACUCCUGCAUUAUUUCUGUGACUGUGAGUUGAGACAUCGGAUUGAAGCCAUCGUGUCGUUCUCGGAUAGUUUCGUCUCAAAGCUGCAGUACAACCAGAAGUUUCGUUAUAAUGAGCUGAUGCUCGCUCUGAACAUGUCUGCUGCCGUCACGGCCAAAAAGACCAAAGAGUUUCGCUCACCGCCGCAGGAGCAGAUUAACAUGCUGUUGAACUUUAAUAUGGGUGAAGAUUGUCCGUGCCCGGGAGACAUACAGGAGGAACUGUACGACUUCCACAGCGAGCUGCGACUGCACUGCGGAGUUCCUGUGGAGGAGGACGAGGAAGAUCUGGACUCGUCCAUUAAAGGUCGACUGCUCGCUCUCAUCUAUAAGAUCAAAGGUCAACCACAGAAAUCUGAAACACAGCCCACAGAGAAAGAGCAGACCGCUCCCUCGAAUCUGAAGGAGUUGAUCUCUCAGACGAUGGUGAGCUGGGCUCAGGAGACGCACAUUCAGGACCCGGAGCUGGUGCGAGUGAUGUUCAGUCUGCUCAGGAGACAGUACGACAGCAUCGGCGAGCUGCUCCGGGCCAUGAGGAAGACCUACACCAUCAGCGGCGGCUCCGUACAAGACACCAUCCACCUGCUCGCAUCGCUGGGACAGAUCCGAUCGCUGCUCAGCGUCCGCAUGGGCAAAGAGGAGGAGCAACUCAUGAUUGACGGCCUGGGUGACAUCAUGAAUAAUAAAGUGUUCUACCAGCAUCCAAACCUCAUGAGAGUUCUGGGGAUGCACGAGACCGUCAUGGAGGUGAUGGUGAAUGUACUGGGAGGAGGAAAGUCACAGGAAAUUGCUUUUCCUAAAAUGGUUGCGAGCUGCUGUCGCUUUCUGUGUUACUUCUGUCGAAUCAGUCGUCAGAACCAGAAGGCCAUGUUUGAUCAUCUGAGCUAUCUGCUGGAGAACAGCAGUGUUGGACUGGCGUCUCCGUCCAUGAGAGGUUCGACUCCUUUAGAUGUCGCUGCUUCAUCCGUGAUGGAUAAUAACGGUCUGGCUCUUGCGCUAGAGGAACCAGACCUGGACAAGGUUGUGACGUAUCUGGCGGGUUGUGGACUGCAGAGUUGUCCCAUGCUCAUAUCUAAAGGAUAUCCAGAUAUCGGCUGGAACCCUAUUGAGGGAGAGCGAUACCUCUCCUUCCUGCGAUUCGCUGUAUUUGUCAAUGGUGAGAGUGUGGAGGAAAAUUCCAGUGUUGUGGUGAAGCUUCUGAUUCGUCGACCGGAGUGUUUUGGCCCCGCCCUGCGAGGGGAGGGGGGGAAAGGGCUGCUGGUGGCCAUGAAGGAAGCUAUUAAGAUCUCAGAGAACCCAUCGCUGGAUCUGCCCAGUACAGGCCCGGGGGAGGAGGAAGAGGAAGUGGUUCACAUGGGAAAUGCGAUUUUGUCUUUCUACUCGGCUCUGAUCGAUCUGUUGGGCCGUUGUGCUCCUGAGAUGCACUUGAUCAAUAAGGGUAAAGGUGAAGCUCUGAGGAUUCGUGCCAUCCUGAGGUCUCUCGUGCCAACUGAGGAUCUGGUUGGCAUCAUUAGUGUUUCUCUGAAGAUGCCGGUGCUCAAUAAAGACGGUAGUGUGACGGAGCCCGACGUGUCUGCCACUUUCUGCCCGGACCACAAGGCCCCUAUGGUGCUGUUUUUGGACCGUGUUUAUGGUAUAGAGGAUCAGAGCUUCCUUCUGCAUCUGCUUGAGGUCGGUUUCCUGCCUGACCUGAGAGCGUCCGCCUCACUGGACACGGUCACUCUCCGGACCACUGAAACGGCUCUGGCCAUGAAUCGGUACAUCGGUUCUGCCAUGUUGCCUCUGCUCACCCGCUGCGCCCCUCACUUCUCUGGCACAGAGCAUCACGCCACCCUCAUCGACUCGACUCUCUACACCAUCUACAGACUGUCCAAGGGCUGUUCACUCACCAAAGCGCAGAGAGACGCUAUAGAGGAGUGUUUACUCGCCGUCUGCAAGUACCUGAGACCGUCCAUGCUGCAGCAUCUUCUGCGUCGGCUGGUGUUUGAUGUGCCGCUGUUAUCUGAAUACUGUAAGAUGCCACUGAAGCUGUUGACGAAUCAUUACGAGCAGAACUGGAAGUAUUACUGUCUGCCGUCGGGAUGGGGCAGUUACGGUCUGGCGUCUGAGGAAGAACUUCUGCUCACCAAGAAGAUCUUCUGGGGCAUCUUUGAUUCGCUCUCUCAGAAGAAGUAUGAACAGGAGCUGUUUAAAAUGGCCAUGCCGUGUCUGAGUGCCAUUGCCGGAGCUCUUCCGCCGGACUUCAUCGACUCGUCUCUCAACACCACGCUGGAGAAACCUGUGUCUGUAGACACACAGGGAAACUUCGAGCCCAAACCCAUUAACACGGCCAACAUCUGUCUACCUGAAAAACUGGAACACAUCGCAAACAAAUAUGCAGAACAUUCCCAUGAGAAGUGGUCCUCUGAGAAGGUGAUUCUGGGCUGGAAAUACGGUGAGAAUAUUGAGGAAAAAGCCAAAACGCACUCAAUGCUCAGAUCAUACAAAUCCCUCACAGAGAAGGAGAAGGAGGUGUAUCGCUGGACGGUGCGCGAGUCAUUGAAGAGCAUGUUAGCGAUGGGUUGGAGCAUCGACAGAACUAAAGAAGGAGAAUCCAUGUUUCAACAGAGGGAGAUUGAGAAGAUGCGACGAAUAUCCCAAGCGUCUCAGGGUAACAGCUUCAGUCCAGCUCCACUAGACAUGAGCAACGUCCUGCUGUCAAGAGAACUUCAGUCGAUGGUUGAAGUCGUGGCUGAAAACUAUCACAACAUCUGGGCAAAGAAAAAGAAGAGUGAGCUGGCAACAAGAGGCGGAGGAACUCAUCCGCUGCUGGUACCGUACGACACACUCACUGCUAAAGAGAAAGCCAAAGAUCGAGAGAAAGCUCAAGAUCUUUUCAGAUUUCUGCAGAUUAAUGGAUACGCCAUCACCAGAGGUCUGAAGGACAUGGAACAAGAUUCGUCCUCCAUGGAGAAACGCUUCGCCUAUAAAUUCCUGAAGAAGUUGCUGAAAUACGUGGACUCGGCACAGGAGUUUAUAGCUCACCUCGAGGCGAUGGCCACCAGUGGAAAGAACGACAAAUCGCCACACGAACAAGAAAUCAAGUUCUUUGCGAAGGUGCUCCUCCCCCUCAUUGAUCAGUACUUUAAAAACCACUCCCUCUACUUCCUGUCAUCGCCCACUAAGAAUCUGAGCAGCAGUGGAUACGCGUCUAAUAAAGAGAAAGAGAUGGUCACCAGUCUGUUCUGUAAGCUGGCCGCUCUGGUUAGACACAGGAUUUCUCUCUUUGGAAGUGACUCCAGCACUAUCGUCAGCUGUCUGCAUAUACUCGCGCACACACUGGACACCAGGACGGUGAUGAAGUCCGCUUCUGAGCUGGUUAAAGCCGGUUUGAGGACGUUCUUUGAGAAUGCCGCUGAAGAUCUGGAGAAGACCCUGGAGAACCUGAAGCUGGGGAAGUUCACUCACUCUCGCAGUCAGAUGAAGGGAGUGUCACAGAACAUCAACUACACGACCGUCGCUCUGCUGCCCAUCCUCACGGCACUGUUUGAACACAUCACUGAACAUCAGUUUGGAUCAGACCUGCUGUUGGAUGAUGUCCAGGUGUCCUGUUAUCGGAUCCUGACCAGUUUGUACUCGCUGGGGACGGGUAAAAAUAUCUAUGUGGAGAGGCAGCUUCCAGCGUUGGGUGAGUGUUUGGCGACUCUUGCGGGUGCCAUGCCCGUGGCGUUUUUAGAACCGCAGUUGAACAAACACAACACCUGUUCUGUGUUCAACAGCAAGACAUCUCGUGAACGAGCCAUUCUAGGAAUGCCAGAGUUUGUGAACGAGAUGUGUCCUGAUAUGCCUCGUCUGGACGGUUUGAUGAAGGACAUUAAUGACAUGUCCGAGUCGGGUGCCAGAUACACUGAGAUGCCACACGUCAUUGAGGUGGUGCUGCCCAUGCUGUGUAACUAUCUGUCGUACUGGUGGGAGCGUGGACCAGAGAACCGCUGUGAGAGCACCGCCGUCUGCAGCACCACUGUCACGUCUGAACAUCUGAGCGUCAUCCUCGGGAACAUCUUAAAGAUCCUCAACAGUAAUCUGGGCAUCGACGAGGCGUCCUGGAUGAAACGCAUCGCAGUUUAUGCUCAACCGAUCAUCAGUAAAGCGCGAGCAGACCUGCUGAAGACUCACUUCCUACCCACACUGGAGAAACUGAAGAAGAAGACGGUGAAAGUGGUGAUGGAGGAGGAGCUUCUGAAAGCCGACGGCAAGUGCGACACCCAGGAGGCAGAGCUUCUCAUUCUCGAUGAGUUUGCGGUGCUGUGCAGAGAUCUGUACGCGUUCUAUCCGAUGCUUAUCCGUUACGUAGACAACAACAGGUCUCGCUGGCUGAAGGAACCCGACUUCGAUUCAAACGAACUCUUCAGGAUGGUGGCAGAGAUUUUUAUCCUUUGGUGCAAAUCACACAAUUUCAAGAGGGAAGAGCAGAACUUUGUUGUUCAGAAUGAGAUUAAUAAUCUGUCCUUUCUCACCGGUGACAGUAAAACCAAACUGGCAAAGUCUGGAGGUCAGGAUCAGGAGAGGAAACACAAGAAGCGUCGUGGAGAUUUCUACUCCAUCCAAACGUCUCUGAUCGUCUCCGCUCUGAAGAAGAUGCUGCCCAUCGGUCUGAACAUGUGCACGCCUGGCGAUCAGGAGCUCAUCCUCCUCGCCAAGACACGAUACAGCCUGAAAGACACGGAUGACGAAGUGAAGCAACAUAUCAGACAGAACCUGCACCUGCAGGAAAAGUCUGAGGACCCCGCUGUUCGCUGGCAGCUGAACCUUUACAAAGACGUGAUCGUGAAGACCGAGGAAACUUCAGAUCCAGAGAGAACGGUCGAGAGAAUCCAGAGUAUCUCAGCCGCUGUGUUUCACCUGGAGCAGGUCGAGCAGCCGUUAAGAUCUAAGAAGUGUGUUUGGCAGAAGUUGUUGUCUAAACAGCGUAAGCGAGCUGUGGUGGCGUGUUUCAGAAUGGCACCACUUUAUAACCUGCCCAGGCAUCGCUCCAUUAACCUGUUCCUCACGGGUUAUCAGAGACUGUGGAUAGAGGCAGAGAUGUACUCGUUUGAGGAGAAACUAGUGCAGGAUCUCGCAACACAGCCGAAGUCUGAUGAAGAGGAGGAGGAGAUCACAGAUACUCAACCAGACCCUCUUCAUCAAAUCAUCCUGCACUUCAGUCAUAACGCACUGACAGAACGCAGUUGUCUGGAAGAGGAUCAGCUGUACAUCGCUUAUGCAGAUAUGAUGGCAAAGAGUUGUGCUGAAAAUGAGGAAGAGGAUGAGGAAGGCAAAGAGAAAACAUUUGAGGAGAAGGAGAUGGAGAAGCAGAAGACUCUGUAUCAGCAGGCGAGACUUCAUGACAGAGGAGCAGCAGAAAUGAUCUUACAGAUGAUCAGUGCCAGUAAAGGUGGUUUGGGUUCGAUGGUGACGUUCACGCUGAAACUCGGCAUCUCCAUUCUGAACGGUGGAAACACUCUAGUGCAGCAGAAAAUGUUGGACUAUCUCAAGGAGAAACGAGACGUGGGAUUUUUCAAGAGUUUGUCAGGACUGAUGCAGUCGUGCAGCGUUUUGGAUCUGAACGCUUUUGAGCGUCAGAAUAAAGCUGAGGGUUUGGGAAUGGUGACUGAAGAGGGCUCCAUCAACGUGAGGGAGCGCGGUUCGAAAGUUCUUCAGAAUGACGAGUUCACCAAAGAUCUUUUCAGGUUUCUGCAGCUCUUGUGUGAGGGGCACAAUAACGAUUUCCAGAACUUUCUGAGAACACAGACCGGAAACACGACCACAGUGAAUAUCAUCAUCAGCACUGUGGACUAUCUGCUCCGACUGCAGGAGUCCAUCAGUGAUUUUUACUGGUAUUACUCCGGUAAAGAUGUCAUGGAUGAAGCCGGACAGCGCAACUUCUCUAAAGCUCUCGCUGUGGCCAAACAGAUCUUCAACUCUCUCACUGAAUACAUUCAGGGUCCGUGUAUUGGGAAUCAGCAGAGUUUGGCUCACAGCAGACUCUGGGAUGCAGUCGUUGGAUUUCUGCAUGUUUUUGCCAACAUGCAAAUGAAGCUGUCACAGGACUCCAGUCAGAUCGAGUUGUUGAAGGAGCUGAUGGAUCUACAGAAGGACAUGAUCGUCAUGAUGCUCUCUCUGCUGGAAGGAAAUGUUGUUAACGGGACUAUCGGCAAACAGAUGGUGGACACUCUAGUGGAGUCCUCCAACAAUGUUGAGAUGAUCCUGAAGUUCUUCGAUAUGUUCCUAAAGCUGAAAGAUCUAACCACCUCUGAAACCUUCAAAGAACACGAUCCCGACAGGAAAGGAGUUAUCUCCAAGAAAGAGUUCCAGAAGUCCAUGGAGAACCAGAAACAGUACUCUCAAUCUGAGAUCGAGUUUCUGCUGUCCUGCGCCGAGGCUGACGAGAACGACAUGUUCAAUUACGAGGAGUUUGUGAAGCGCUUCCACGAACCCGCGAAGGACAUCGGCUUCAACGUGGCGGUUCUGCUCACCAACCUAUCGGAGCACAUGCCUCACGAUUCCCGUCUCGCCACCUUCCUGAACUUAGCCGAGAGCGUCCUGAACUACUUCGAGCCCUUCCUGGGCCGCAUCGAGAUCAUUGGCGGCGCGAAGAGAAUCGAGCGAGUCUACUUUGAGAUCAGCGAGUCCAGCAGAACCCAGUGGGAGAAACCGCAGGUCAAAGAGUCCAAACGGCAGUUCAUCUUUGAUGUCGUCAACGAGGGCGGAGAAUCCGAGAAGAUGGAGCUGUUCGUGAACUUCUGCGAGGACACCAUCUUUGAGAUGCAGUUGGCGUCUCUGAUCUCUGAGCCGGACGCUGCAGAGAGAACGGAGGAAGACAAUGAUGAAGAUGCUCAGAGUGUGGCUGAGAAUCUAGAGGAGGAAGAGGGAGAUGGUGCACUGGAGUCUUCCUCGGCGUUCACUCUGGCCUGUGUCUCCAUGAGGAAGAGUCUGGCCAACCUCCGGCAGAUGUUGACCCUCAAGAGCAUGAAGAGGCAGUAUAGGAGGUUGAGGAAGAUGAGCGUGAGGGAGAUGAUUCGAGGGUUUUUCUACUUCUUCUGGAUGAUCUUCACCGGCAUGUUACGCUUCUUCUACAACCUGAUGUGGGGGUUCUUCCACAUCCUGUGGUCCACCUUGUUUGGUGGAGGUCUCGUGGAAGGAGCCAAGAACAUGAAGGUGACGGAUAUUCUGGGCAACAUGCCCGAUCCCACACAGUUUGGGAUCCAUGGAGACGUUCUGGAGAUUGAGAAGCUGGAAUACUGUGACGUGUCUUCAGUAGCAGAACUCGGACAUAUCGCAGCCGGAGAGCAGACUGAGAUGGACCUCAUGUCAGAACUCAUGAACAUUCAUCCCAGGAGAGAAGGAGGUAAACACGGGAUGGAGCCGGGCCUCGGAGACGUGUCCGAGGUGGUUGGAGAGGACACUCCAUCUUUAGCCAGCGCUGUACAUCAGAAGAAAGCUCAGGAGGCGGCCACUAAACAAGCAUCCGAGACGGAACCUAUAAGCGAAUCUGAGAAGGCAGAUGUUGAAGAUGGAGAGAAGAAAGACCAGGACAAGAGUAAAGAGGAAGUGCUCAAAGACUUGUCAAAGGAAGAUAAGAAGCCAAUGAAGAAAAGACGUGGUCUGAGGAAAGAGCCGGCCGAGGCGUUCAUGGCUUCAUUUUUUGCCGGUCUGGAUGUCUAUCAGACUAAAAUGCUGAAUUAUCUGGCCAGGAACUUUUACAACCUGCGUUUCCUCGCUCUAUUUGUGGCAUUUGCCAUCAACUUCAUUCUGCUCUUCUACAAGGUGACCGGUGAGGACUCGGAUGAUCUGGACCCGUGGACGCGGCGAGAGGAAGAGGAUGAAGGCGUUGUGGAGUAUUUUGUUCUUCAGGAGAGCACCGGUUACAUGGCGCCGACUCUCCGAUUCCUCGCCGUCAUGCACACGCUCAUCUCGUUCCUCUGUGUGGUGGGAUAUUAUUAUCUGAAGGUGCCUCUGGUGGUGUUUAAGCGUGAGAAGGAAAUCGCACGUAAGCUGGAGUUUGAUGGUUUGUACAUCACUGAACAACCGUCUGAUGAUGACAUUAAAGGACAGUGGGACAGACUCGUCAUCAACACACCAUCUUUCCCCAACAACUACUGGGACAAGUUUGUCAAACGCAAGGUCAUAAAUAAAUAUGGAGAUCUUUACGGUGCCGAGCGGAUCGCUGAACUGUUGGGUUUGGAUAAAAGUGCUCUGGACUUCAACCCAACUGAAGAGACGGUCAUUAAAGAUGCUUCACUGCUCUCCUGGUUGAGUUCCAUUGACACAAAGUAUCACAUCUGGAAAAUGGGCGUCGUGUUUACAGAUAACUCUUUCCUGUAUCUGGUCUGGUACACCACCAUGUCUAUACUGGGACACUACAAUAACUUCUUCUUUGCUGCCCAUCUGUUGGACAUCGCCAUGGGCUUCAAAACCCUGAGGACCAUCCUCUCCUCCGUCACACACAACGGCAAACAGCUGGUGUUGACGGUCGGGCUGCUCGCUGUGGUCGUGUAUCUCUACACUGUCGUGGCGUUCAACUUCUUCCGCAAGUUCUACAACAAGAGCGCCGACGAGGACGAGCCUGAUAUGAAAUGUGAUGAUAUGAUGACUUGUUAUCUGUUUCACAUGUAUGUGGGCGUGCGAGCCGGUGGUGGUAUCGGUGAUGAAAUCGACGACCCAGCGGGCGACCCGUACGAACUGUACCGGAUUCUGUUCGACAUCACCUUCUUCUUCUUUGUCAUUGUGAUUCUGCUGGCCAUCAUACAAGGUUUGAUCAUUGAUGCUUUUGGAGAGCUGAGAGACCAACAGGAACAAGUCAAAGAAGACAUGGAGACUAAAUGCUUCAUCUGUGGUAUUGGUAAUGAUUAUUUUGACACGACGCCGCACGGAUUUGAAAGUCACACGUUACAAGAGCACAACCUCGCAAACUACCUAUUCUUCUUGAUGUACCUGAUCAACAAAGACGAAACUGAACACACCGGUCAGGAGUCGUACGUGUGGAAGAUGUAUCAGGAGAGAUGUUGGGACUUCUUCCCAGCUGGUGAUUGUUUCCGUAAGCAGUAUGAAGACCAGUUGGGUUAGACAGCAGAACCAGAACCUUCUCAAGAACCUGGACCAUCUGAAAACACAGAACCUAUUGAAGAACGACACACCGGCGUCUGAAGUUUCCUGCGUUACCUCGAGAAAUAGUGCCAAUUUUGUCUCUCACUCUGUCUGGACCUUUCGUCUUGUUAGUUUCGAACAUUCGUUUUCGUUGUUGGUCGGAAAACAAGACGAGAUAAAACUCUACACGUUGCCUUCUUCGACCCCAAAACCAUUGCACAAUGUUUUUUCCUCUCUUUUGAGAAACUCUUGGUUGCGUGGGGGUUACCAAACAACGUCUCCACACGUAUAUAUGCACAAGAAAUCUACUUCAGUGUUCGGAGCGCAUGAGGAACCAACGAUGCCAAAAGAGUGCGUGCAGAAGAGAGCGUACGGUACAUGUGUUUCUAACAUUUCAGAUUUUCUUUUCCUGCUUGCUGAAGUACGGUGAGAAUGAGCUCGUGUUUAUAAAGGGUCGGUUGGUCUUGCGAUGAAUUGCCUACUUAAAUAUCUUCAUGAAGUGCCUUACCUCCAUGACAUGUGAGCUAUGCAAGAUCUGUGGUUUCCUCUCUGAUGUUGUACCGUGGUAAAUAUGUCUGAACCUGGCGUUGGACUCUCGUGUGAUGUGGAACGGGUGAUUCGGAGCUUCUCGUAGGUUUGUGGGCGGUUGAUGUCAUGAUGUCCCGUCUCCUCAUGUAAAUGACACAGAACAUGGAAAUGCUCUUGUUUGGCUGUUUGUACGUCGUAGCUUUGCUGAGUUGUGCAUUUCUUUUGAAGGACAAAUAAAAAUAUUGAUGCAAUAA